AAGGCAGCCGCGAGGAGUGGGGGGCAGCCCUGUGACAUGGGCAUGGAGCUGCCAGGGCAGGGUCUCUUUGUCACCUCCUUUCUGUGUCCCACGGCUGUCCCGCCAGGCGCCCACGGCCUGCGAGAGGAGCCCGAGUUUGUGACUGCGAGAGCCGGGGAGUCUGUGGUCCUGCGAUGCGACGUGAUCCACCCGGUGACGGGACAACCCCCGCCCUAUGUCGUAGAGUGGUUCAAGUUCGGGGUCCCUAUCCCUAUCUUCAUCAAGUUUGGCUACUACCCGCCCCACGUGGACCCCGAGUAUGCAGGCCGGGCCAGUCUCCACGAUAAGGCAUCCUUGCGGCUGGAGCAGGUUCGCUCCGAGGACCAGGGCUGGUACGAGUGCAAAGUGCUCAUGCUGGACCAGCAGUAUGACACCUUCCACAACGGCAGCUGGGUCCACCUCACUAUCAACGCCCCUCCCACCUUUACAGAAACACCCCCCCAGUACAUCGAGGCCAAGGAGGGUGGCAGUAUUACCAUGACUUGCACAGCUUUUGGGAACCCCAAGCCCAUCGUCACCUGGCUCAAGGAGGGGACGCUCCUCGGUGCUAGUGGGAAGUACCAGGUGAGUGACGGCAGCCUGACGGUGACAUCAGUCAGUAGGGAGGACAGAGGCGCCUACACCUGUCGAGCGUACAGCAUCCAGGGGGAGGCUGUCCACACAACACACCUGCUUGUCCAAGGGCCGCCUUUCAUUGUUUCCCCGCCUGAGAACAUCACCGUCAACAUAUCCCAGGACGCUCUGCUCACCUGCCGGGCAGAGGCGUAUCCCGGCAACCUCACCUACACCUGGUACUGGCAGGACGUGAACGUCUACUUCCAGAAUGACCUGAAGCUGCGGGUGCGCAUCCUGAUCGAUGGAACCCUGAUCAUCUUCCGGGUGAAGCCAGAGGACGCAGGGAAGUACACCUGCGUCCCCAGCAACAGUCUGGGGCGCUCCCCCUCUGCCUCAGCCUACCUGACGGUGCAGUACCCUGCCCGCGUCCUCAACAUGCCCCCUGUCAUUUACGUGCCUGUGGGGAUCCAUGGCUACAUCCGCUGCCCUGUGGAUGCAGAGCCGCCGGCCACCGUGGUCAAGUGGAACAAAGACGGCCGUCCCCUGCAGGUCGAGAAGAACCUAGGUUGGACCCUGAUGGAAGAUGGCUCCAUUCGAAUUGAGGAGGCCACAGAGGAGGCUCUUGGCACUUACACCUGUGUGCCUUACAACACCUUGGGGACCAUGGGCCAGUCUGCUCCUGCACGGCUUGUCCUGAAGGACCCCCCGUAUUUUACGGUGCUACCAGGCUGGGAGUACAGGCAGGAAGCUGGCCGGGAGCUGCUCAUCCCCUGUGCGGCCGCAGGGGACCCCUUCCCUGUCAUCACAUGGAGAAAGGUAGGGAAGCCCAGCAGAAGCAAGCACAACGCCCUGCCCAGCGGGAGUCUCCAGUUCCGCGCCCUGAGUAAGGAGGACCACGGGGAGUGGGAAUGUGUCGCCACCAAUGUGGUCACAAGCAUCACUGCCAGCACCCACCUCACCGUCAUCGGCACCAGCCCCCAUGCCCCGGGCAGUGUCCGGGUCCAGGUCUCCAUGACAACUGCCAACGUGUCCUGGGAACCCGGCUAUGACGGAGGAUACGAGCAGACAUUCUCAGUUUGGAUGAAGCGGGCACAGUUUGGGCCCCAUGACUGGCUGUCCUUGCCGGUGCCGCCGGGACCCAGCUGGCUGCUGGUGGACACCCUGGAGCCCGAGACAGCGUACCAGUUCAGCGUCCUGGCCCAGAACAAGCUGGGAACCAGCGCCUUCAGUGAGGUGGUCACUGUGAACACUUUAGCAUUCCCUAUUACAACUCCAGAACCCCUGGUGCUGGUCACCCCACCGAGGUGCCUCAUAGCUAACCGGACUCAGCAGGGUGUGCUCCUGUCCUGGCUCCCGCCUGCCAACCACAGCUUUCCCAUCGACCGCUACAUCAUGGAGUUCCGCGUCGGCGAGCGCUGGGAGAUGCUUGACGAUGGCAUCCCAGGCACCGACGGAGAGUUCUUUGCCAAGGAUCUGUCACAGGACACCUGGUACGAGUUCCGGGUCCUGGCCGUCAUGCAGGAUCUGAUCAGCGAGCCCAGCAACAUCGCCGGCGUCUCCAGCACAGACAUCUUCCCGCAGCCGGACCUGACCGCGGACGGGCUGGCGCGGCCUGUGUUGGCUGGAAUCGUAGCUACCAUCUGCUUCCUGGCAGCUGCCAUCCUGUUCAGCACCCUGGCCGCCUGCUUUGUCAACAAGCAGCGCAAGCGUAAGCUCAAGCGCAAAAAAGACCCUCCACUCUCCAUCACUCACUGCAGGAAGAGCCUGGAGUCUCCCCUGUCCUCCGGCAAGGUGAGCCCGGAGAGCAUCCGGACACUCCGGGCCCCGUCAGAGUCCUCCGACGACCAGGGCCAGCCCGCAGCCAAGAGGAUGCUGAGCCCCACCCGGGAGAAGGAGCUGUCACUGUACAAGAAGACCAAGAGGGCCAUCAGCAGCAAGAAGUACAGCGUGGCCAAGGCCGAGGCUGAGGCGGAGGCCACCACCCCCAUCGAGCUCAUCAGCAGGGGGCCCGACGGCCGCUUUGUGAUGGACCCCGCCGAGAUGGAGCCCUCGAUGAAGAGCAGGCACAUCGAGGGCUUCCCCUUCGCAGAGGAGACGGACAUGUACCCGGAGUUCCGCCAGUCGGACGAGGAGAACGAGGACCCGCUAGUGCCCACAUCUGUGGCUGCCCUCAAGUCCCAGCUGACCCCUCUGUCGUCCAGCCAGGAGUCCUACCUGCCACCACCAGCAUACAGCCCUCGGUUCCAGCCCCGUGGGCUGGAGGGUCCCAGCGGCCUGGAGGGUCGGCUCCAGGCCACAGGCCAGGCCAGGCCCCCUGCCCCCCGGCCCUUCCACCACGGCCAGUAUUAUGGGUACCUCAGCAGCAGCAGCCCUGGGGAGGUCGAACCACCCCCCUUCUACGUGCCAGAAGUGGGCAGCCCCCUGAGCUCUGUCCUGUCGUCCCCGCCCCUGCCCAGCGAGGGGCCCUUUGGCCACCCCACCAUCCCUGAGGAGAAUGGAGAGAAUGCCUCCAACAGCACGCUGCCCUUGACUCAGACGCCUACAGGAGGGCGCUCCCCUGAGCCGUGGGGCCGGCCAGAGUUCCCCUUUGGGGGGCUGGAAGCCCCAGCCAUGAUGUUCCCCCACCAGCUGCACCCCUGUGACGUCGCCGAGAGUCUGCAGCCCAAGCCCUGCCUCCCCCGAGGACUGCCCCCCAGCUCCCUGCAGGUGCCCGCGGCCUACCCGGGCAUCCUGUCCCUGGAGGCACCCAAGGGCUGGGUGGGCAAGUCGCCCGGCAGGGGCCCUGCCCCAGUGCCCCCCGCCGCCAAGUGGCAGGACAGACCUAUGCAACCUCUGGCGAGCCAAGGGCAGCUAAGACAUACCAGCCAAGGUAUGGGCAUACCCGUGUUGCCUUACCCCGAGCCGGCCGAGCCGGGGGGGCAGGGUGGCCCCAGCACAUUUGGCCUGGACACCCGGUGGUAUGAGCCCCGGCCCCGGCCCAGCCCUCGGCAGGCCAGGCGCGCCGAGCCUAGUUUACAUCAAGUGGUGCUACAGCCCUCCCGGCUCUCACCUCUGACCCAAAGCCCCCUCAGCUCCCGCACCGGCUCCCCCGAGCUCGCUGCCCGUGCCCGGCCUCGCCCGGGCCUCCUGCAGCAGGCGGAGAUGUCGGAGAUCACCCUGCAGCCGCCAGCUGCGGUCAGCUUCUCCCGCAAGUCCACGCCGUCCACGGGCUCCCCUUCCCAGAGCAGCCGCAGCGGGAGCCCCAGCUACCGGCCCGCCAUGGGCUUCACCACUCUGGCCACAGGUUACCCCUCCCCUCCGCCGGGCCCCGCGCCUGCCGUGCCUGGGGACAACUUGGAUGUGUUUGGACAGACGCCUUCCCCUCGAAGGAUGGGGGAAGAACUGCUCCGACCGGAGCCCCCGCCACCCACAUUACCUACUUCAGGAACACUUCCACCUGCACCCGGGAACGCUGCUGCACCUGAGAGGCUGGAGGCUCUGAAAUACCAACGGAUAAAGAAGCCCAAAAAGUCAUCCAAGGGCUCUUCGAAGUCAAAGAAACGAUCCGACGCUUCUGCCUCCCAGGCUCAGCAGCUUCCCAGCUCUCAGGUUCUGUGGCCCGAUGAAGCUGUCUGCCUCCGAAAGAAGAAGAGACACUCUCGUCCCGACCCCUUUGCCCGGCUCUCAGACUUGUGUCACCGCCAGCUUCCGGAAGACCAGACAGCAAUUCUCAACAGUGUGGACCACGACGACCCUGGCCAUGCCACUCUGCUGUGACUCGGCCCCACUUUAAGUGUCCCCAGGGCGAGGUGAUGGGCUUAGGGGGCAGGGAGGGACGUUGCGAGGGGACAUGUCCUCUUCUGCCCACUAGGGGGUGGCCCAGACCUCUGUUCCGCGGGCCCUUACUCCUGCUGGAGUGGGGGUCUCCCUCCAGAUCCAGGCCAGCUGGCCCCGCCGCCGGGACGGAGGGCUGGAGCAGACCUUCCACCUGUGGGGCGAGGUCACGAAGGGAACUGGGGACAGGGAGACAUUUGUCUCCUCCCUUCCUCCCCCUGCUUCACUAGAUUGAUUUUUUUUCUCACUUCUUCCAAUGUCUUUGGAAGUGAAGAAGAGGAAAGCAAUGGUUUUUCCUGCUCUCUGCUUCUGUCUCAGUUUUCCAAGUCCUGGAAGAGGGCUGGACUUCCCUCCCAUCUUCCAGACGCCGCGUAUAUAUAGAUAUAGAUACAAAUGCAUAUGUAUGUAGUAUGUGGGCUUCUCUAUGUGUAUAUAUAUGUACAUUGAAGCAAAGUGCUGUUGCUCUCUGUGGUCAGUGCAGGAGGAGGAAGGCAGUGGCCAGCUGAGGUUUGUGAGCAAGGCUGUCCGGAGCCGGCCAGGUGCCUGGCGUCUGUCUCCGGGGAUUCUUCCUCCUGGAGCAGGACUCAUACCUCUCCACUGAAUGCACCAUUUGUCUCCUACCUUCUCCCAGCCAGAGCAGAAGUGGGGCCUUGCCGUGAUUACUGGCUGCCAGCUUUGGGGCUUCAGCAAUGAGUUACUGCAGAACUAACACAAGCCUUCAUUUCUUGGCUCCUGGGUGAAGGAAGGGCGGCCAGGCACCCUGACUGGCGUCUUUCUUCCCUCCAGCUGGGCUCAUGCUACAGAAGUAGCAGCUGCCUAGCCACGGGGCCAGAGGCGACCCCUGGUGCACAGACUCGAGCUCAUCUUUCAGCCCCUUUGGUCCAGCCAGGCCAGGGGCUCUGUGGCCAAAGCUUCUCUCACUCUGGAGCUGCCCGUGCUGAGCGCCAGGCUGCUGGGCUCUAUUUAUACCAUCUCUGGCAUGGCGCUGUCUGGAGCACGGCUCCACGGCGGCUGAUCGGAUCCUCCUUUCCUUUUGUGGGAGCUAAUUCCCCACAUUGAUUAAUUGCCACUUGAGAGCCGCCUGCGGCUGCUUCCUGUGCUCGCCACGUGCUGCUUGCCACUCUUCUCUGCCUGCGCUUCUCCACCCCGCAGACCCCAGCCCCAGCAGGACAGGAUCAGAUGGAGCCAGGGAGCCUCAGGUUCUGCGUUCUGGGGCACUCUGGGUCCCCGCUCUCUUCCCCAGCUCUGUUUCGUGGAGCUGGCUGAGGCAUAGGAAUGCAGGAGGAAGGGUGGUGAGUGGGGUCUGGGCACCGACGUUUCCUCUGCCAAAGUCCUGUCCUAGUUCAAACUAUUAGCAUCCAGAAGCUUCUGUGAGGCCAUCUUCCUCCUGAGAUGCAUUUCUCUCUUCCAGUAAGAUAAUGGUGCUGCCCAGGAACUGGGCAGAAAGCCCUGAGGGUGGAGUGGAGGGUGGGUCUGCCAUCUCCCCUCUCUUCUUGUGUAGGGGACCCCACUUUGGGCUUGGACCAGAGUAAAGGUAGCUGCCAGGCCCCUUGAAGUGUUUCCUUCCUGGUGCUGCUGUCUUGGUGGGUGUGGGGGCAUUGCCCUCCUCCCCCGGUUACCUGCCUGGACCUUAGCCGUGUCAGAGCACUGGAAGGCCUCCACGGGUCUCACUGCCACUGCCAGAGGCUCAGCCCAAUGACCGGGGCAAGGUGAGUCCUCGGAGGGCUGUGAAGCCGGUCUUUCCUCCGCGCCUCCGUCGGGGGUGGAUUUCUCUGCCAGACAGGCCCGGGUGCUUCCUUCCUCUCGCCUGGCGAGCUGGGGACCAGCUCUGCUCCGAGGUUCACCAUGUGAGUCACACCCCCACAGUUCACUUCCGAACGUGUCUGAAGGUGUCGCGGUGACAGAGGUGCACCCUGGGGCGGGGACCUGGGCCCUCCAGCUGAUGUACUUCUAUGGGGUGUGAGGAUCCACUUGCGGGCUGGGCAGCAGCUCUGGCAGAGUGGGAGAGGCAAUGCUGGUGACUGUCCUUUCCAGAGGCAGCGCCCCCUCUGCCCUGUGCCUCCACGUGCUGCCCGCUCCAGCACUGCCCUAGGGGCUGUUGGGAGCAGGCUUACCUGGAACACCAGGGUGGGAUGGGGACACAUCACCAGUCUGUGCCCUGGUGGCAUUGAGUCCUCCACCAGGGCAGAGCUCAGGGUGGUUGGCCCAGGUCCUGCGAUGGACUGGCAACGUGGGGCGUCAGGCUGUCGGACUUUGGGAUGAAUUCGGCCAACUUUUUUGAGCACCGUCCUGGAAUUCCAGGCCUGAGGUUAGAAAAGAGGAGGAGGGCUGGGAGGCUUUGCUCCUUUAGGGCGUCGCAGGGCCCAGAGCCACACUUGGUGAGCUGAGAUGCUGGGACGCUUCUGUGGUUCUGGGGGCCCCAGUGCUGACAGAGGUGCUGACUCCCUCCUGUGCCUCCCCGGCAGUGCCCCUUACCUCGGCAGGUCAGACCAGACGGGGGAGCUGUGCUUUUUGUUGACACUGGGUGGCAGCUGCACUGUGGUGUCCCCCAGGCCAGGGGAAGGACACCAGGUCUAGCUAUCUCUCAGUGGCCUAGGACUCAUUCUUCUCCCAAGAAGACUGCCUUCUUGUGACAGUAUCCUCGGGGGCCAGCAACCUUCCUGCGUCCCUUGGAGCCAUUUCCCUCCUUCCAGUGGAAAUUGGCAGAACACAGCCCCUCCCUCCAGGAAUGGCGGUAGCAAUGUCACAGGCACAGGCGUAGGUGCCGGCUAUGAGCACGUGUGUGAUGGUGUGGUCAUGAACGUGUGCAUGAGGGGCGUGUAGCCAUUUCUAGGGACCAAUGUCCUUCGUAUUCUGCCUCUGAACAAUAGCGGUGACCACUAUCCAGCUUCUUAGGACUUUCGUGCUCUGCUCUGUGGGAGAUCCCACGUCUUCCAGACGUCCCUCUCUGUGGUCUUGCGGUAGAAGUGACUCAGAUGAAAACCUAUUCCUGUGUCUCCGACCCGCGCUGCCUCCUCCUUCGGCGCCGUGGCUGGAAACCGGCUGUUGCAGUGCUAGGUGACCCACAGGCCAGGGAGCAGGGAAAACGGGCUCCAGGGCCUGAACCACUGCGCAAGUGCAGGGAGAGAAGAUGAGCCACAGCGGGGGAAGGCGAAUCCCGUUUCCUGACUUGCUGGUUGGAGCCAGGUCUCCUCGGCUGAGCGGUCCCGUGCGGGGCUGCCGUGGGUGGCCUGGGCCCCGGCGGGCUGUGCCUGCUGGCAGCUUUCCUCAAGGGCCUGGGGCUAGGAGAGGCCUUCUGAGGUUCUACUUUCUCAACAGGAAGGAUGCCUUCUUCCCGCUGGGCUGGCGGGGCCUGCGUCUCCCUUGGAGGGGGCCUGUCUCUGACCGUGCUCUCAGGGAAGGCUCGAGAGGGUGGACUGGGCCGAGUACUUACUGACAUUUUUCCGUGCCCUCUGUCUUUAUUUUUGAUUCGUGAUCUAAAAUACCUGGGGUUGAACUGAUUUCAGUUGUUUAUUUCCCUGCCCUCUUCAUGCAGAGGAAACUGGGUAAGGUUCAGAUAUUGAAUUUCCUGACUUUUUUUUUUUUUUUUUGCCGGAGGGGAGGGCAAGGUUGGUGAAACAGUAGCUUCAGAGGAGAACCGAUUUCCUGGAGUGUUGGGAUGUCUUUGCCCUGCCCCGAUCUGCAUCCAGGGCUGGAAUCUGUUCCUUCCAAUUUUGUUAGCAAAAUCCUUUUGGGAGUUUGGGGGUGGGCAGGGGGAAGAAUUGUACAUAAAGUACAUUUUAUUAAUAUGUAGAGAAACCUAGGAAAAGAAAAGCUAAUGGUUAAUCUUGGGCUUGCUUUGCUUGCAUGUAAAGGAGCUUCUUGGGGGGGCCCAGCAGGGAUUAUUGGGGAGCAUAGGAAGGGUGAGAAGACCGAGAUGGGCGGGAACACAGGGGGCCGCCGUGAGCACAGCCCCCGCAGCUGUCUGUGGGAACUGUGCACGUUCCCACCGGACUCCUCUGCCCAGCCCUGCCUUUGGCUCCUCUCCCAGCACAGCGAGAGCGGGCUCCGGCAAGACGGGCGUGUGGAGCCCUGUGUGCUGCGUUUAUUGCUUUGGGGAGGGGGCUCAGGAGGUGUCUUAAUGGCCAGAUUUAGAUUGAAUGGGGAUAAUAGGUGGGGCAGGGGGUUUUGGGAAGGGGAGUUAGAGAGUGGGAGCGUGGAGGGGAGGCCUGUGUGCUUUGCCAGGUGUCUGUGAGACCGGAAGGGGUGUACGGUGUUAGGUCAGGUGUGGAUUAGGAGCGGGGACCCAGGGGUAGGAUGGUGAGACCAUGCCAGGGCACAGCAAGCCUCACCACUCUCUUUGGGGCAUGUGAUAGCUUAGUGACCCCGAAGGGUGAUUGCCUGGUGGAGGCCAGCUGGGGCGUGGUGGCCGUUCAGGGCACGUGGGGGACGUGUGUGGGAGGGGGCCUUUAGUGGAGAACAGACUGUGGGGUGGGGUCCUGGCGUGUGGGCCAGACUGGAUCUUGGAAGAGGUCUUGCUUCUUAGCCAGCCUUCCUUGCUUCUUCCCAAAUUAGCCUCAAACACUAAGUGCCCAAACUGAACAUGGACAUCCUUGUAACGUAUUUCCAUUUUGUCUGUUUUUGGGGGCUCCCCAGGCCCAAGGCUGGGAGACUUAUUUGAGCUGCCCAUCCUGUCACCAGCUCCUCAUCGGUGAAGGAGGGCUCCUUCCCGAGAGCUGCAUGUGUUUCCUUCAGCAGAAGUGGCAGGUGGCCUCUCUUCUCUUCCGUGAUCUGAAAAUGUUCGCAGGAUGUUGGUGACCGGGAUGGAGAGGAGGGGCGGGGGCCCGAUUUCCCUCUCUCUCCCUUUCUGCUUGCAGUAUACAGGCUCCCUUUGGGCCCUGAAGCUACGCAGUGGCUUCAUACCUAGAGAAUUUGCCUUCACUUUCUCUGCUUUUGAUAGGUCGAAUUCACCAGUCUGUGGCUGAGUUAGGAAGGUGAAAGUUUUGCCCUGAGAUCAGAGACCACCCAUCCUUCUACACUCCUUAAUGACUCCAACUCUGCUGCUUUUUGGAUCAAGAGGAAGAAUUAAAAAUCUCUUCUUUAGAAGAAGUCAAUAAACCAAGGAUCAAAGCCCAGAUUGGACUUUAGCACUCUUACCAACUUGACACGUGGGUCGGGGUAUCCUCGCCACCCUUCCCUUUGACUGCCAGUGACUCUACACUGGUCCGGAGCCUUACUUCUGGGCCCCUGUCUAUACUUUCAAAACAGUCUUUCAGGAGCAAGUGUAAUAUCCUCACCAAAUAUUUUGUGUGUUGGGUUGCUAAGAGGGUAGAAGUUUUUUCAUGACCUCAUUUUAAGCUGAUGGAAAAAUUCUCAAUAGAUUGAAUCAGGUCCAAAGACACCCUCACACCCCAAAGGUUUCUGUGUAGCAGAAGGAAAAAUUAAGCAUGAGUGCGAAGGUUAUUAAUGGCUGGCUGCACCUUAGAGAAGGAAGAGUCAGGGAAUCGCUGUUGCUAAGUACUUCGGUGGAACUGCUAGCAGUCGCUGAGAUCGCAGGUGUUCUCUUCUGUGCUGGGUCAGUAGUAGGACUUAGGGUUUCUGAAGGGAGCUGGUGACAUCGCUGUCAGCUUUGAUGGUUGCCUGGGAGAUCUAGAUUGGAGAGUUCGUGUAAAGGGGGACAAGUCUGCAGCUCCCAUCCCUGGUGUCUUGGCUGGCUACCUUUCCUGUCACACUGGAUGGGGACACAAAUGGCUGUCUGGGCCCAUUUUUCUUUUGUGUCUUGAAGAAACGUUCUCCAUCAAUCCCAUCUCUCCCAGGCACUGGAUUUCCCAGAUUUCUAUUGGGAACUGGGGCAAACGCUCGCCUACACUCCCUAUACACGCCAGUUAGGUUCCCUUUCCUUCAGCCUCCACUUCUUUAUGGCUCUGGGGAUCUUGAACAUGUGCAUGGUCCACGACAGGGAGGUGGUUGGGUGGGGAAGGAAUCAGGGAGGGCACGAGGGUUGGGCUGCGGGUGGGCAUUUGCAUUUUCAGCCUUAGAAUGCUGCGAGCAUGCUUUUGGGCGACGAGUGGGGUGUUCACAUACGUAGGUGGAAGGGCAGAUGCCCAGCCCCCUCACACCGGGGAUGAGGGCUCAGGGGACUUUGCCGCCUUGUGGCUUUGGGAUCUAUGAGACCUCAUCUCUGGGGAAGGGAUGCAAACCUCCUCACAGUCGUCUUGUAAUUCUCCAAAGGGAGAUCAUUAAUUACUCUAUCAGUGAGUGUCUGUGUUGCCUCCUGCGAACAAUGAGAGGUCUGUCAUAGGUUCACGGCAUCCUGACCAGGUCAGAGAAAUGGAAUUGUCCUGCCCGUCCUGCAGGGAGCUGUCUCCCCGAUCUCUGCCCACAGCCAGCGUCUAGUCCGGCAUUCCUUUUCCAGGUCCAAGAAGUGAUGUGUGUGUGUGUGUGUGUGUGUGUGU